GGGCCAUUGGAAGCGAAACAGACCACAUGUCAGUGGGGAGCACCGCAAGGCUGUUACCAAAUUCUCUAAUUCACUUCUACUCGCAUCAAAUUACUUAUAAGAUUCCGAAUUGCGCCUUUGUCAUGUUACCCUUGCCUGCUAACUAGUCCUCACAAUGCCCGGCGAAGCCAAAGCGCCAUUCAAUAAUGCAAAGGCAGAUAUCAUCUUGUGUUCUUCAGACAAUGUCUACUUCCGCGUCUUCCGCUGCAUGCUCGCACUUUCCUCUCCAUUCUUCGAGGCGAUGUUCGACCUUCCCCGACCAAGUAGGGACCACUGUAAAGAUGAGAUGUUUGACGGCCUAGACGUGAUUUGGGUGUCAGAGAACAGCAGGACACUCGACAUGCUAUUGAGAUUUUGUUAUCCGGCAGCGGUAAAAGAUCCCGGUUUGGAGGACAUUAAUGACGUGGAGCAAGUCCUGGAGGCUGCAAUGAAAUACGGGAUGGAAGAUGUUGAAGAGAGGGUGAGGAAAGCCAUGGUUACCCCAUCCCUCCUAGAGAGCAACCCCGUACGCGUCCUUGCGAUUGCAUGUCGGUUUAGUCUCGAACCAGAAGCCAGGACUGCGGCACGAUAUUCGCUUCAUCACACAGCCCCAACACAUGAUUCCCUUGCUGCAGAACACCUUCCUAAUAACGUCAUUCAGGGCCUUGUCGCAUAUCGCUCUAGGUGCGGCCAAGCGGCCAAAACGCUCUGCGACAAUCUGGACUGGCUGAAGAAGUCACAGACGCACAGUUUCUACGAGUGGUGGACAAACUGCUGUCCAUGUAACUCAAAGGCGGACGUCAGGUACCUGAUACAUGGAACUUAUCCGCGGGAGUGGUGGGCGGAUUACAUGGACAAGACAUCCAUUGCCUUGGAAGAAUCUCCUUGUGGUGCAGUAUUGACGAAAAACUUGGAAGAAGCUGUCGAGAGGGCAAAUGGUUGUCCCUCAUGUCGACGGAGGGCGCAAGACCAGAUGGUUCAGUUCACCGGGACUUUUGCUCGGGAAUUGGACAAAGUCAUUGCCGAGGUGCGCGAAUAGCCGAAUUGCGGUUGUCGUAAAAUCUAAACUUGCCUCUGCAGAUCGCUUUAGAUAUCGCCAUUUGAUGCGAGGUCGACACGACUACCUGCACUGCACUUGCGCAUCAAAAAUCAGUGGAGACCGCUAGGCUCAGCUAUUUUGAUCUAUCACAGCUGAACCAGCUUAGAAUUACCCUGUUAUCAAGGACUUACUAGUAGAGCCAGUAUCUGCUGUACGAGCACUUCUGGUGAGUUAGACAUAUAAUAGAUAUUUAGACUGUAGAGAACUUUCCAUCUAAUGACAGAACAACAACCACUUACUGCACGUUACUUGGUAUCGUGAUCAUCGUACAACUUUUGCGCUUUCCCUAGAAAAUCUGUGUGCAACACGUUCCUAUAAUCUGGAAGCAAGUCGAUGCCAUCGAAUGGUGAGAGCAGGAUUAUUUUUACAUAACAG